GGGGCGAACCCUCUGCGAAGAAGCGGGAGAUUGGUAGACUCAGCGACGACGAGGACUUCGAGGAGCCUCCGCCGAAGAAGAAUCACAUCCACCUCAUAGUGGGUGGAAACACUGGGGGGGACUCCGCCACUCAGAGAAAGAAGUGGGCCCAAUCCCUUUACAUUGGGGAGGCGAUCACCUUCACCGACAAGGAUCUGCCUCCGGGUACGGAAUCACACAGGGACGCCCUCGUCAUCCGAUGUGAGAUCGGGGACUCCAUCAUCCACCGUACUUACAUCGAUACGGGGAGCUCCGUCAAUGUGAUGUACUUGGACACCUUCAAGCAGCUGAAGCUGGACAGAGCUCUGCUGAAGCCGAUCAAGACCCCGUUAUCCGGCUUCACCGGGGACUCUAUCGACGCCGAGGGCACGAUAGUCCUCCCCGUGGAAGUCGGUGA